GGUUUCUAAACGCAGUAGCUACUCCAAAGCAGCACCCCGACCGCUUCUGCCGGACUGUUGCGCAGUCUUGAAACACCGCGGAUGCAGUGCGCGCGCAACCUUGGCUCGUGUACUGUCCAGAUGCGCCGGGAUGGCAGACACGCAGCUGUGCCGUCCGGGCAUUGCACACAACCACCCUGUCUGCUCGCGGCAUGCGCCGACAAGAGGCAAGUCCGAGACACGCAGCAGCCUGCGCAGCUACGCGAGCUCAGGUCUUGUCGCCACACCCGUGAGCGGCAUAUUCGGCGCCGAUGGGUGCAAGCUCACCUCUGGUCUGCGGCGUGAGGCCCCGGGCCGAGACGGGGGAUCGACUCGAGUCUGGUUGCGUGGUGGGUUGGGAGCUAGUGCUUCAAGGCGCGCUGUCUUGGAGCUGGGAUGUUGAGAGUACGGCGGAGUGGGCUGCUGGCUUGCUUGCUGGGUGGUGUGGUGUGGGCGAGGGGAUCGUCGUGCGGUGGAUGAUGAUGAUGCAUGUAUGCUAUUGCUGUGCUGAGGCGUGGCUGCAUGUACUCGAUCUAGAAACAGCACUUCCCUCCUUCGUCUUCUUUCUGCCCGCCUCGACGACUGCGACGGGGUACGUGGCUGUUCUCCCAACUCGCGUGCUUCCGCGCGUGCCGAUGAGCACGAUGCAGUUGCGUUCUAGGAAGCGCAGAGCCGAGAUCGCUGCAGGAGUAUCCCAGGAUAGCACGGCAGCUUGCAGGAGCACAUUAACCGGCUGCUGCCGCUCAUCGCGUGCGAACGACAUGUCCGUGGUGCUGGACGGGGGAUGAGGCUGUGCUCAGGCAUCCCAGAAUCAAUACUAAUCACAGCAAAACACACCCGACUAAGGAAGACUUGGUGACGGCCUGACAGCUU